GGCCCGACCCGACCCUGCGCGCUCCGGGAGCCCGGCGGACGCGUUGCAUCAUCCUUGAGUAUCAAUGAGAGACCAAAUAUGGCUUUCUUCAAGCAACAGAAGGUGGAGGACAUUUAUGAAAUUGGGGAAGAGCUGGGAAGUGGCCAGUUUGCUAUAGUGAAGAAGUGUCGAGAGAGAAGCACAGGGCUGGAAUUUGCUGCCAAGUUCAUCAAGAAGCGCCAGAGCCGGGCCAGCCGGCGCGGGGUGAGCCGUGAGGAGAUCGAGCGCGAGGUCAGCAUCCUGCAGCAGAUCCUGCACGCCAACAUCGUCAAGCUGCACGACAUCUAUGAGAACAAGACAGACGUGGUCCUCAUCCUGGAGCUGGUUUCUGGAGGAGAACUUUUUGACUUCCUGGCACAGAAGGAGUCUUUGAGUGAAGAGGAAGCAACCAGGUUCAUCAAGCAGAUUUUGGAUGGUGUGAAUUACCUUCACUCUAAGAAAAUUGCUCACUUUGAUCUAAAGCCUGAAAACAUUAUGCUUCUAGACAAGAAUAUCCCUAUUCCACACAUCAAACUCAUCGACUUUGGCCUGGCUCACAAAAUAGAAGAUGGAGUUGAAUUUAAAAAUAUAUUUGGAACUCCAGAAUUUGUAGCUCCAGAAAUCGUAAACUAUGAACCCCUUGGGCUAGCUGCAGACAUGUGGAGCAUAGGAGUCAUCACCUACAUACUGCUUAGUGGUGCAUCACCUUUCCUUGGAGAAACUAAACAAGAAACACUUGCCAACAUCACAGCUGUGAAUUAUGAUUUUGAUGAAGAAUUUUUCAGCAAUACUAGUGACCUGGCAAAAGACUUUAUUCAGAAACUACUGGUGAAAGAUACACGGAAGCGGCUCACGAUUCAGGAAGCUCUGUCUCAUCCAUGGAUAACGCUGAAAGAUGAAAACAAAGUCCAGGAAAACAAGGUGGAGAACACGCAGCUGAAGACGAAACGCCUGAGGGAGUACACCCUAAAGUGCCACUCGAGCAUGCCCCCCAACAACACCUACAUCAACUUUGAGCGCUUUGCCCGCGUUGUGGAGGACAUUUCCCGUGUGGAGCAGGGUUUCAGCACCCUGGCUGCAUCCCACGACUCCUUGCAGGAGGACAUGGAUGCUCUGCUUUCCAUUUAUAAUGAGAAGGAAGCUUGGUACAAAGAAGAGAGCGAAAGCGUGAGGCACGCGCUGUCCCAGCUGAAGUACGAGUACCGUAAGGUGGAGUCCCUGAAAAGGCACUUGCACGAGGACACUGAGGCUGUCAGUGCCAGUCUCACAGGCGUGUGUGGGAAAUAUGCUGAGCUGCAGAGCCACUAUGAAUCCCUAAGGCAGGAACUUUCUGAGGAAAUCAAGUGGAUACAGGAUUUAAUGAGCACUUUUCAGCUGGAAAAUGAAGCCUGUGUGAAUGGAAACUUUCACUCUGUUUUCAACAAAGAUAUUAAUGAAUCACUAAUGGAGCUGUUAAAUAGAUCUUGCUGUGAAGAAUUCCUUGCAGGGUUGAAUCUUGAUGUGACAGAAUCCCAUCAGUAACACUGAGAUCAGGCUAAGUGCAGGGUUUGUUGCUUGUUUCAAUGUACAUCAGUUUAAAAAGGUUCUGGUGCAUAGAUUCUACACAAAAACAUGACCUAGACGUGAAGUAGAAAUUCUGAUGUAUUGCACAAGCUACUGACCAAAGCCAUAAUCUCCCAGUGGUUAGUAAUGUUGAAGUUUUGUUUUUUUCUUGUGUUCAGUGUCUGAACUUGCAGAAACAAGAUUAUCACCAUGGUAUGGACACAUCUAAUGCCAAACCCUUUGGUAUUGCCUAUAUUUUACUCUGCAUCAUGUAUUACAGUUCCUAAAGGUUACUAGGUAAUUAAUGUGGAAUAAAGAAUAAGUCAGUCUGUACUUACUAGAAACUGGGUGCCUGGAAACUGAUAAAAAAUCCCCUUAUAGCAUCUUUGGUUGGCUGAAGGAAACAGUUGGAUAGCCCUGCUGCAGACAGUUCUAUACACCUUAUGAUACAAAUAUUUGUAAAGGUUAAAUCUGUAAAUUAAAGCAAAUGGUGUAGUAAUUUAGCUAAUACUGUAGAAAUUUGCUGUGAAAUGGCUGUCAAUGAAGAAUUUUAGGAUGACUGUUUAGGCCAAUUGUGCAGGGUGAACUCUUUUACCAUCAAAGGUAAGGUGAAUUUUAAACUGAAGGAUUAAUCAACAGCUGAGUUUCCUGUCCUGUACCAAAGAAAUUCUAUUCAAAAGACACCAUUGGGAACUUAUAAUGAUCAAAUGACUGUGCAAUUUUGCAGUGCAAAUGUCAGUUUUAGACUAAGUGAUAAUAUAGUCAUCUGGUUUGUUUUCUACAGUGAAGAAGA